AUGGGAAAGAGAAACUUUAGAAAAAAGGCAGGUGACAAGAAAUUUAACAACAGAUCCGAUAACAGGAAAAGUAGUUGGACUGAAGGACCAAGAGAAAAUGAUAAAUGGGAAACUUAUUAUAAAGCUAUGAACAUUUUACCUGAAGAUGAGUGGGAUACUUUUAAGAAACACUGUCAACUGGAUUUACCUUUAACUUUUAGAAUUACUGGUUCCAGAGCUCAUGCUAAAGAAAUUAACAAGAAUUUCAUCGACAAUCAUGUUUCAAAAUUACAAGAUGUUGAAUACGAAGGUAAAAAAGUUGCCCCUAGAAAUUUAGCUUAUUAUCCUGAUAACUUAGGUUGGCAAAUAGAUGUUCCUAAAUCCGUUAUGAGAAAACAUGAACAAUUCUCCAAGACUCAAAGAUUCUUGGUUUUAGAAACCGAUGUUGGGAACAUGUCAAGACAAGAAGCUGUUUCAAUGAUUCCUCCAUUAUUAAUGGAUGUUAAACCUCAUCAUUCAGUUUUAGAUAUGUGUGCAGCUCCAGGUUCCAAAACUGCUCAAUUGGUUGAAGCUUUACAUGCCAAUGAUGAUAAAGAAUUACCUACCGGGUUUGUUUUAGCUAAUGAUUCUGAUUAUAAGAGAUCUCAUAUGUUAGUCCAUCAAGUUAAAAGAUUAAAUUCUCCAAAUUUUGUUGUCGUCAACCAUGAUGCCCAAUUAUUCCCUAGAAUUAAGUUCGAAGGUGCUGAGGAAUUCUUGAAAUUCGACAGAAUCUUGUGUGAUGUUCCUUGUUCAGGUGAUGGUACUAUGAGAAAGAAUGUUAAUGUUUGGAAAGAUUUCACUGUUGGUAAUGCUUUAGGUUUACAUGCUUUACAACUUAAUAUUUUGAACAGAGGUUUACAAUUAUUGAAGAAAGGUGGUAGAUUAGUCUAUUCAACUUGUUCAUUAUCACCAGUUGAAAAUGAAGCUGUUGUUGCUGCUGCUUUAAGAAAAUGGGGGGAUCAAAUCAAAUUAGUUAACUGUGAUAAUGAAUUACCUGGUCUUGAAAGAAGACAUGGUAUUAGUGAUUGGAAAGUUUUCGGUAGAGAUAUGGAAAUUAGAGAAAAGGGUGCUGAAGAUGUUGCUGAAACUGUUUUCCCACCAUCUGAAGAAGAAGCUAAAAAAUUCAAUUUACAAAACUGUAUCAGAGUUUAUCCACAUUUACAAAACACUGGUGGUUUUUUCAUCACUGUAUUUGAAAAAGUCGACCCUGAAGCUGGUUCUAAAAGACAAAUUGAAGAAACCGAAGAUGAUUCAUCUAAGAAACCAAAAAUCGAAACUACUCAAGCUCAAACUACUGAACAUGUUAAAAUGAAGAAAGAAAAAUUACCAAGAGAUGCUAAAGAAGAACCUUUCAUUUUCUUGAACCCUGACAAUGAAGAAUUAGUUAAAUGUUUCCCAUUCUAUGGAUUCAGUGAAGAUUUCCCUAAAGAAUGUACUUUAGUCAGAAAUGCCACUGGGGAACCAGUGAGAACUAUUUAUUACGUUUCACCUAUUGUUAAGAAGGUUUUGACCACACCAGAACAAAAAUUGAAAUUAAUUCACGGUGGUAUCAAAUUGUUCGUCUCUCAAAGAAAUGAUACUGGUGAAUGUCCUUGGAGAGUUCAAAAUGAAUCAUUACACACCAUCAAACAUUUCUUAAGUGAUAAGAGAAAGUUAAAUGGUAACUUGAAUGUAUUAGAAAUCUUAUUCCAAGAAGCUUUCCCAAAAAUUAAUUCUUUAAGAGAAAGAAAGAUUGAUGAAGAAUUUUCUAAAAGAUUAGAUACUUUUGGUGAAGGUUGUAUGUUUUUGAAUGUUAAAAGAGAAGGUGAAGAUUUGGAAGAUUUAUUCUUACCUUUAUGGAAGGGUAAAUCAAAUGUUAACCUUAUGGUCAACAAGCAUGAUACUCAGGAAUUAUUAUAUAGAGUUUUCAAUAUUCAUACCAGUGCCAAAGAUCAAGGUAAAGAAGCCAUUUAUCAACAAAAAGCACUUGAAGAAAAGAAAGCUCGUGAAGCUUCUACUGAAACUGAAGUUGAAACCGAAGCCGAAACUGCAGUUGAAGAGAAAAAUUAA